CCAAAACUGGAGGAUUUUGCUGUCUUGGGGAAUUGCUGAGAAUUAAGACAGGUGGAGCCUUCAAGGAAAGUCCGGAAGUCGAAAAGCGGGAGCCUUUCCAUUUCUUGAGAGAAUUCAUAAGGCUGCCUCAGUGUCCUGGCUCACGGCCCUGUGAGGAUUACAGGUCUGUCCCAUCCCCACAUUUGAUAGGUGGGGAGACCGAGGCGAGAAGAGGAACAGAGAUUUUUCCACUCACCAGAAAAUGUAUUUUCCAGCUAUCACCUUUGUCACUCACUGAAAAUGGAGGAAAUGAAGAAGAAUGGUGUCUGGAUACCUGAAAGCAGUCAAAAACCGGUAAAGACAGAGUGGAACGCCGGUUCUGUCAUUUUCACCUACUUCGAAGGGGACAUCAACAGUAUGGUGGAUGAACAUUUCUCCAGAGCUCUGCGUAACCUCAAGAGGCCCCACAAAUGCAGUUCCUCAAGUCACAGUGACAAUUUGACCCUCAAGAACGGGGUGAAUAAAACACGGACGGACACCAGCCACACGGAUAGAGAGCGCAAAGUCGAAUCCAGUCAAACUGAAAAUUCAGGAGAACUGAAAGACGUGCCUGUGGAGGAGAAGGGAACCAAUAAGAGCAUGCCCCCGAAUCAGAGGCAUCUCUCUUCUUGGACAAUUGCACAGCCAGCAGCAUCUCCUGAAAAUGGUGCCAGAAGCAGCAGCUUGGAUGAAUAUGGUCUUAAGGCUAUGGAUCAGCACUCACUGUCCAUGCCCAAGACCCCCUCUGCACUUCCUCUGGAGCCGUGGCACUUCUCCUCCCUAGCGAGGCCAGGCUUCAUAGCGCCUGCCUACUUCCCUGUCUUUCCCGACAGGCAUCUGACUCCAGAGGUCUACCGUGUCUUUCCCGACAGGCAUCUGACUCCAGAGGUCUACCAUGUCUUUCCUGACAGGCAUCUGACUCCAGAGGUCUACCCUGAUGGGAGAUGUGGGCCCCUUCAACAUUUAGUCCAGCAAGAUAGAUACCAAAACCAUCCUCUGGAACCUGCUGCCAGGGAGAACUGCAGCCCUGCCAAGAUAGCUGGAAGCACAGGAUCGCUCAUGAACCUGCCUCCCUACCCUGUCCACUACAAGAAGAAAAUCUGUGCUCGUGGAGCUGCCAGUGCCAGUCUUGAUGAUGAAAGAAGCCCAUCUCCAAAGCGAAGAAGAGAUGCCUACUAUUAUUAGCCUCAGUUGGAUGAAGAGAAUUUGUGUGUGUGCGCACGCGCGCAGCCUGAUACUGCUUUUUCUCCCGUGGAUCCAGAAUUCCUAGAGGCAUCACCGUCUCUUUCUGUCCCUGCUGCUAAGAAAUACCAAAUCAGGCGAAUUUGCUGCUCUCUUUUACAUUGCACUGUGCUUUUUCUUUGCAACUGUGACUGAUGGCAGGGGUUUUAAAACAUAAACAAUUCCUAGCUUAUAAAAUGUAGGAAAGAGCUCUUGUGUGGUGGAUGCACAGAAACCGGCCUGCUGUUCAUUGUUCCACCUCAUCUUGUCUACUGUCCUGUUCCUCGGAUGCCAUGGGCCCUCAGCAUUGUCCUUUGAACCAAGAUGGAGCCCAUGGGAUUUUAUGAGGCUGCUCUGCUUCUCUGACUGAAUUGUGGGACCAAAAUCAGCCCAAAGUGUUACAGCUUAAAUCAGCCUGCAGUCAACCUCACUCCUUCCUUAGAGAAAGGCCAAAUAAAAACGGUGUGCAAAAGGUUGCUAGUCAUCUCCCAUGACUAGACUCUAGAGAGGAACUGGAAAGUCUCUAUAGGGAUAUGUCCAGUGAAAUAUUUCGCUUAGAAAAUUCAGUUCUAGAGAACUGAUUCAAAGGACUAUUGUCGGGAAAUCUGAGAUGGAAAUUGAACAAGUGCCUUGUUCCAGCACGGAGCAGAACCUACUCUAGAAGAUUCAGGGCAUUUCUUGGUUGCACUUUCAUGAGUUUCUGUUACCCCUUGCUUUGAUGAAUAGGAGCCUAACUAGCGCCCACAAUUAUGCAUGUCCAUCUUAUAGUUCAGAGCUAGUAGUAACUGUGUGGUGGCCACUUUCUUUUUUAGCACUAAACUGUUGGGCUCAUCCAUGUAGAUACCACAAUAGUUAUUGCUAAGUUGGAGGAACAAGGUUCAGUUGGCUUCAUCUCUCUAGUCUUGUAGACGGCAUCAUUUCUGUAUGGUCUGGGCACUUGCCACAUGACAACCCUGGAAUCCCCUGGCAUCAGUGUUCCCCAUUUAUGUCAUACCUGCUGUUACCUAAUAGCCUGGAGGGGGAUGAAUAAUAAACCUAUGCUUUUUUAGACACUGCUG